AUGUCUACAUCUACGCUCCACUCUGGUGAGACCAGAAAGGACUCGGGUACUCUUGCGGAUCGCUACAAGCUCGUUUUCUUCGUACCAAACGAGAACGCGGAGACCUGCAAAGAGGCCAUCUUCGCGACAGGCGCGGGUUCAUUCCCCGGCGGAAAAUACACCAAAUGCUGCUUCCAGACCAUCGGCACGGGCCAGUUCCUUCCCAACGAUGGUGCGAAUCCGACGAUUGGAGCAGUGGGCGUCGUGGAGAAGUGUGAGGAGGCUCGGAUCGAGGUGAUGUGUUUGGGUCGUGAGGUGAUGCUUAGUGCGGUGGACGCGCUUGUCAAUGCGCACCCGUAUGAAGAGGUGGCAUAUGAGGUGUAUCGAAUGGAGAAUGUGUAA